AUGCCUCUGACUGUAUUUUUAUUUAGGGGUAUUGUGGGCUUUCUCUGGAGCUGCUGGGUUCUACUGGGUUAUGCAAAAGGAGGUUUGGGAGACAAUCAUGUUCACUCCAGUUUUAUUUAUAGAAGACUACGGAACCAUGAAAGACGGGAAAUACAGAGGGAAAUUCUCUCUAUCUUGGGUUUGCCUCACAGACCCAGACCAUUUUCACCUGGAAAACAAGCUUCCUCUGCACCUCUCUUUAUGCUGGACCUAUACAAUGCUAUGGCCAGUGAAGAAAAUCCUGAAGAGUCAGAAUACUCAGUGAGGGCAUCCCUGGCAGGAGAGACCAGAGGAGCAAGAAAGGGAUACCCAGCCUCUCCCAAUGGGUAUCCUCGUCGCAUACAGUCAUCUCGAACGACUCCCCUGACCACCCAGAGCCCUCCUCUCGCCAGCCUACAGGACACCAACUUUCUGAAUGAUGCUGACAUGGUCAUGAGCUUUGUCAACUUAGUUGAAAGAGACAAAGAUUUUUCUCACCAGAGAAGGCAUUACAAAGAAUUCCGGUUUGAUCUUACUCAAAUUCCUCAUGGAGAAGCAGUUACAGCAGCUGAAUUCCGGAUAUACAAGGACCGGAGCAACAAUAGAUUUGAAAAUGAAACAAUUAAGAUUAGCAUAUAUCAGAUCAUCAAGGAAUAUGCAAAUAGGGAUGCAGAUCUGUUUUUGUUAGACACAAGAAAGGCCCAAGCUUUAGAUGUGGGUUGGCUUGUCUUUGACAUCACUGUGACCAGCAAUCACUGGGUGAUUAAUCCACAGAACAAUUUGGGUUUACAGCUCUGUGCAGAAACAGGAGAUGGACGCAGCAUCAAUGUAAAAUCUGCUGGUCUUGUGGGGAGACAUGGGCCGCAGUCAAAGCAACCAUUCAUGGUGGCUUUCUUCAAGGCAAGUGAGGUACUUCUUCGAUCUGUGAGAGCAGCCAACAAACGAAAAAACCAAAACCGCAGUAAAUCCAGCUCUCAUCAGGACUCCUCCAGAAUGUCCAGUGUUGGAGAUUAUAAUACAAGUGAACAAAAACAAGCCUGUAAAAAGCAUGAACUCUACGUGAGCUUCCGGGAUCUGGGAUGGCAGGACUGGAUUAUAGCACCAGAAGGAUAUGCUGCAUUUUAUUGUGAUGGAGAAUGUUCUUUUCCACUCAAUGCCCAUAUGAAUGCCACCAAUCAUGCCAUCGUUCAAACCCUGGUUCAUCUGAUGUUUCCUGACCACGUACCAAAGCCCUGCUGUGCUCCAACCAAAUUAAACGCCAUCUCUGUGCUGUACUUUGAUGACAGCUCCAAUGUCAUUUUGAAAAAAUACAGAAAUAUGGUAGUGCGCUCAUGCGGCUGUCACUAAUGUUAAAUAAUGGGGAUAAGAAAAAGAUCUGUAUUUAGGGUUAUGAAUAUAAUAAAAAGUAUACUU